AUUAAGUAUAGCCAUCUGCUUGGCAACGCGACGCAAUCAGCUUAAUCGUAUUUUAUCGAUUUCCAUUCCGUGGGACAUUUUAUCAGUGCCACAUCAAAAAGAUCAGCUGGUCUCCCAAAACACUUUCUCCCAAACACUAUGGCUUGCUCUGGAAUCGCUGAACAUAACGAAGCCAGAAGAAGAGCGGGACGGGCCGAGUUGCUGGCUUUCAGGAAAAAGCAAUUGCUGGAUAAAUUCACUGAGAGUGAUUUGUUGGUCAAUGGCGGUGGUUCAUAUGAAGAGGAAAUUUUACGAAAAUCUGGAGUGCCUGCUGGAACAACUAGUCCAAACUGUGCUGCAAAUGUUGACAAGCAAAGAAGGGAGUUGGUAAGACAACAACAAUUAGUGGAAUAUUCUGCAAAGCUCCCCAAUCGAUUUAGUUCCAGAGAUUAUGUCAGUCAAUGGUGAAGUGUGGAGGGUUUUAAUAAACAAUUCAUUCACACUGGUUUUACCUGGCAAAAGGAAAAUUUAAAUAUACCUUUGAUUUUGGGAAAACUAUGAGACCCUUUAAAAUCUAUUGAAAUUAUCAAUUAAAAUCAAUAAUCAUUUGACAAGAAAAUGGCUGUUGUUCAAAAAGCUUUUUGUAUGAUUUUAUCUUUUUUUUUUUCAAUUUUCUUUCACAAAUAACACAAACUAAAUGAGAACUUUUUUUGUCCACACUAUUGAUUGUUGGUGCUUUUUGUGUUAAAGAUGGAUAAAAGAAACUUUAUGUUUUAACAAAUGAAUAUUUUUAUUGGAAAGAGAGAAAUAUCAUCAGAACAUGAGUCAUCUGUACUUUUUUCUGAUUAUUUGAAAUAUAUCAAAUAUUUAGUCAGGCUCAAAAAUAACUUAAGAGUAUCAUACAAUAUGAAUGAAUUUUUCCCACUAAUUGAACUACUGUUCAAUAUAUAAUAAGAAUCUACCAUUUGUGAGUACAAAAGAAUUAAGAUAAUAAUUGGUUUUUGUUAUUAUAAGUAUGUUAGUUUCUAUUUUUACUGUAGAACUUACUAGAAGGUGGUGUGUUUUCUGUUCUUUCUGAAUUACAUGCUAAGAGAAUCCCCAAUAUUUGUGCACUAGGCACUGUGAUAUUGCCAUGACAACAGUAUUAUAAUAUUUUACACAGACACUUUGUUAUCAUUUGUAUAUUUUUACACAAUUAUUUAUUUCAUUUACUAUCUUAUACAGUUAUUAAUCAUUGUCACUUUAUGUGUUUUGUAUAUGUGUGUGCAUAUUAAGUUUGAAUUUCAUGUAAGUUAAAUUAAAUCACAAUUGUUAUAUGGUUAUGAAUGUUUCAAAUUUUACAGUUUAUCACCAUGAAUUUCUUCUUAUAUAAGCUGUAGAAGAUUUUCAAGAAAGCUAUGCAUGCUACUGUUUUAUUGCAUUUAAGAAAAUUGUCUGUUUCACAAUCUAAUGUCAAUAAAUAAUUUUGAAACUGUAACUGUCAUUUACAUGUAGCAUUCAGUGAAUACCAAAUUACUAAUUACCCUAUUUUUUUUUUAUCCAAAUUAUACUAAAACUCUGUAGUAAAAUUGCAAAUAACGAAUUUAAUUUUUUUUUUUUUGGAUUGAAGAGUUUCCCCCCUUUAACUGUGUAACCAGUUUUUGUUAAUGUUAAGAACGCUCACCUCUCGGAGAUACCAAAAACUAGGAGUAAUUAAACUCUUGCAUGUUUAUGUUAAAGUCUUAGAUCCUCUUCUGUACUUAAUCAUUAUUGACUUUUAUGAGAUAACUGAAAUGACAAAUGAAUUUGGAACACUCUCAAUAAACCAUAAAUAAUUAAAGUUUUUUUUAUUAACUUGUAAAUACA